AUGGUAGAGAAGCGCAAUGUCACAGCUCUUGAUCAGGCAGCCUUUCAGCAAGCUCAAGAGCGGGAUAGUACGGCCACAAGGGCAUCUUCAUCUGUACCGAUCAAGACCUCGGACGGACAAUGUCUCUUUGUCGAUGAGUUGUCUGGAGACUUCCGUGCCAACCUCACUCCCAUCCAAGUUGGUGAUUGCGAUGGCAGUGAAGGUCAAUCCUGGGACAUCAUCACAGCGGGCAUCCACGACAAUCAGCCAGGUACUAUGCUGAUAGUCAGCACAUUGACGCAAGCCUGUUUCAACUUCGAUCCUCGUCGUGCUGCAGGGGACCAAGUCCUUCUAUUCUCUUGCGGCGGGCGUGCAGAUGGCAGCGGCACUGUGACCAAUUCUCAGCUUUUCCCAUUCAAUGGAACUGCCGAACUCCAGGCGUUGACUCCAGGGAAUGCGCCUGGGACCUGCUUGACUGUAGCAGGAAACGUCAUCGACCAAGCCGCGUGUAAUGCCGCAGAUCCUGAUCAGUCUUUUACCUUUGGAGAUGAUGAAACCGAUAUUUCAACUACGGUCUCUACGUCUUCCACUGCUGCGACUGAUGCGGCUUCUUCCAUCUCAACACUACCCACAUCGUCAUCCUCAAACAUAAUUCCAACCUCUAUCGUAGUGGUGGCGCAAACGACAACAGCUCCGAUCACAUCUCCGCCCACGAGCCUUGCGGCCACUACCACAGCAUCUGCAUCUGUCAUCUCCGUUUCUCGCGCCGGUGUCGUCCUCGACCCCUCCGCAGCUGCGGAAGCCAAUCCGCGUGAUGACACCGCAACUCGCGCCUUUUCCUCUGUUGCCAUUAAAUCAUCUUCCGGGCUAUGUCUGUUCGUCGACCCCGCGGCUGGUGACUUCCGCGAGAACCUCAUCCCAAUCAUUCUCGAGCCCUGCGACGACUCAGCAAAUCAAGAAUGGGACCUCAUCACCUCUGGAGUCCACAAUAACCAGCCCAAUUCCACAUUGAUAGUAAGCAGUCUCACACAGGGUUGUCUAAACUUUGACCCUCGAAGAGCUGCUGGCGACACAGUCAUCAUGUUCAGUUGCGGUGGCAGAGCCGAUGGAGGCGGCUCUGUCACUAACAGUCAAUUGUUCACUUUCGCUACAGGCGAGACGAGUCUACAGCUUCAGCCUGAGAACGGUGAUUGUACCGUAUGUCUCAUUGCCGAUGCGUCGGGCAGGUUGGACCAAGCGGCUUGUAGCGAUGAUCCAAGUCAGGUGUUUACUAUCGGCUGA